UAUACUUUGUUAACCAAUUUUUCCAACAUAAUGAUAAAUUUGACGCAGUAGUAUUCAUUGGCUCAAUUAAUUGUAAUGGAAGGCGUACUGUAGACCCACUAAAUACCUGGGAAGUCUAAGACUUUGGUUCCGCCAUCUUCUUGUACGCCACGUGCCGUGCCGACUUGGUGUCAACUACAAAUUUGAAAACGGCGACGCGAUUGCGAUGACUACUUUCUGUUUAUAAGUAUUAUGAGUUGUCGAAACCACACCUGAUAUUGUGUUUUUGUUUAUUAAAUUAUACGACAGACUUGUUGAAUAGUUAUUUAAUUAAUAUAUGACUUACUGUUAUUGACAUGACAAGUUAGUGGCGGGCCGGUGUUCUGUUGUGACAGUGUUGCCAUAGAUAAUAUAACAUAACAGGUGAGAUUAGAGUUCUCCUUGUUUUUGAAUUGAGAAAAUGUAUGUCUGUUAAUAAUUUUGAUGCAUCAGUCUGGUUUUUAACUGUAUUGAUUUUUUCAAAAUCAUUUUUUAUUACGUGACUCACUAUGGAUAUUCGCUAUGUAGGUGCACGAUGGUAGCGUCAACUAGCGGUUACAAUUAUGUCGAACAUUGAAAUGUCAAAUGGUUGGCAUUUAGUACGAAUAGUAAGGAAACAAACAAUAAUUUUAUUGAAAUAGCGUAAUUUACUGAGAUUUUAUUCGAUUAUGUAAACUUAAGGUGUCGUUAAUACUGUUGUUUUUUUUUAUUUUCAGUCUAAAAUGCCACAAUCAGUAAAUUUCAGGUAAUAUACAUGAGUUUUUUCUAUGGCUGACUUUACGGAGAAUAAAUAAACAAAUAUAAUCGAAUAACGCAUUUCAUACAUAUUCCAGACGAUCUUUUAUAACUGUGGUGACAUUAAUAAUGCAGAGUUUUUGUGUAUUUUCAGUUAAAUAUGGCCAAAUUAAUUAUAAGAACUGGCUUCCAAGCAAUCACACACGACAUUGCGUUUCAACCUCAAACGACCAUAAAAGCAAAGCAAUUAGUUUCGGCUCAACAUGUACAAAAAAUUAAAUGUGGAGAUCAUAUGAGCCACACCAUUGAACCUUAUGUAAUUCGACAAACUUAUAUUGAUUCUAGUCGUUAUGUUACAAGUGUAAAAUGUGAUUGUGUGCACAAUAAGAGUGGCAGAUGUAAACACAUUGCAGCUCUAAUAUACUACAUUAACCACGAAGAAAGCUUUUCCAAAACCAGUGAAGAGCAGCAAAGAGGCAGACCUAGUGCCAGACAGUUUGCCAAAAAAAAGUAUUCAAAAGGAAAAUUUUCACUUUUCUUCACUUUGAAGAAAUGUAUCCACCGGCAAAGAAAAUUAAGUGAUCCUUGCCCUUAGAUAUUUUGGAAUUAAAGGGACAGUCAGCAUUAAAACUAAUAAUGGAAGCUAGUGCUUUGGGUUUUAAUAUGGAAGAAGAUCAUGCAUGCAUUACCAAAGUUGUUAAAAAUUUAGUUGACCAAGUUGAAAUUAAUUUACAAAUUGAAGAUUGCAUUGAAUGUUUAAAGAACUUUUGUAUUUUUAAAGAGGAGUUUGAAGUUUACAAAAGUUAUGAAAUAAAAAUUAACCAAAAUUUAAAACAAUAUAAUGAAGAAAAUAUUAUUAUGAAAGAUGAGAAAAUUGUUGAUUUGUGUUAUAAAACCAUAGAACAGUCAAAGUGCAAAGAGUGGUAUACUGCCAGGAGUUUAAGAAUCUCAUCCAGUAUGAAUGUACACCAUGUAAAAGCGAGGAAGUCAAGAUCAAUUGAUAGUUUAGUUAAUAAUAUGUUGUUCCCAAAAUCAAUUGAUUGUGACGCUAUGAAGUAUGGAAAACAUAAUGAAAGUUAUCCGCUGCAACAAUAUCAAAAGAUUUAUAACUGUCGUGUAAUAAAAGUUGGGGUAAU